GAACCGGGCGCGGACUACUCGAAGGCGAUGACAGGGGAAGAGAUGAAGCGCUCGUACCUCCCCCAAGUGAUAAUGGCGGCGGCGGAAGGUCAACAGUCAUCGCGGGGGGAAACAUGACGCUCUCGCCCACCGAGACAAACGAAGCCGCAGCUGCAGCGGCUGUUGCUGCCAAGGCCGUGGUGGCUGCUGCAGCGUCGCUGCUAGAACACCAGCGGCAGCAAGCCCAAAAGCAACAGCAUCAGCAGCAGGCUCCGCAGCAGCGGGGGCAACAGCAGCAACGCCUGCAUCGUCAGCAGCAGCCUCUCCAGCAGAAGCGAGAGCAGCACUGCCUGCCCUCACUGGGGCCGGGCAUGGUCUCAGAAGAAAGAGAGGCGGAAUCAGAGCAGCUGCGCCUGCUUUCUCGCGUUGCCCACUUGUCGCGUUUCCAAGCCGACGAAGGAGACGCCACCACCAGCUGCGUGCCGACAAACGCUGUCUGUUCAGAUGCUGCUGCUGGCGCUGCUUCUGAUGCCGCUGCAGCGUCUCCCACAACCUUCGGUGGCCGCGCCGGCAUACGUUCGAGGACAGCUCCGGCAUCCUCUCUCGACGAUAAAACGAUGCCU